UUCAGCACACAAAGUGCUUGGAGACUUCCACAACACACUUUUUGUUGUUCAAUUGCUAUCUGUCUUCAUUAUGGAUUCAUUAAUUUGUGCAAAGUGUAACAUGACCUUCAGAUCCAUGCAUUUCCUGAUGAAACAUAAGGAGAAGUUUUGUAUUGGAGCAGUUUCUCAAUCAGAGAGUCAGAAGAUAAGAGAAAAGAUCAGGAGGCAUCAGCAGCACAGACUUUUGCCCGAGACUCGGGCAUUUCAGAGUGUGCAGAUGUCUCAAAAUGAGCCUAACCCCAACAAACCAACAGAUCACUCAGACAGAUCAGAAGUUCACCUUAGUCAAGACCUGGCUGAAGUUCAUGAGAGCAAUGCAGUGCUAUCUGAUGGGCACAAACAACUGGACAUGCAAAGACAAGAGUUUGAUUGCAAGCUGCAAGAGGCGGCUGCUCAAAAUGGGAAAGUGGCCGAACUCGAGAGAAUGCUCUUAGAGCUGAAAGAACACGAGCAGAGAAACACAGCGUUACUGGAGACUCUAAUGGAUCAUCUACAGCAGAAUGGACAGGACAUUCAUCAGAGCACUGACUCACGCCAUCGCAUACCUAAAUCUGAGGAGAGAGUAAUAGAAAAAUUCGUUCCUGUUUACAGCUGUGGAGUGCUUUCUACAGAAAUCAGUACCCUUCGCCUCUCCUAUCUCCAGAGUGGAGGAAAAGAUCCUCAAAUCCUGGCUCACCUGCAGUGUUUGUUAGACGCGGCUAUUAAAUUAGAAAUGCAGGCUGGGAAAACUCCUCUGCCCAAGACCAAACGUCAAAGGGACAAAUAUUUGAGCAGAGAACUCGCGUCUGUGGAGCUGGAAAACCAGCGCUUGGAAGAGGAAAUCAUGAAAAUGGAGUUGAGAACGACUCCAAACUUUCGACCUGCUGAGCAGGAGAUGAGAGCUGCAAAGACGGACAUCGCGCUGUUAAAGCACGAGAUUGAGAUGAAUCGUCUGAGAAAGCGACUAAUGAGCAGAAAAAUGGCGUCCGUAGUGACCUUUCCCCCUCUGGAGGAACCCAGAUCAUCAUCUUUAACCAAACACCUCAGGAAAGAAUCAGAUCCCAGUCACUAUGACCCAACGACAGGUUUUGUGGUGUUUUAUGAUUUCCUCUUGGGCUUGUGCCCAUCAUACAGAGUUUGUCGGCUGAUGGUGGGGAUAUACAGUGGGGACGUAUGUUUGGGAAGCCCCUCUAUACUACCCCCAGUUUAUUGUGAUUCUGUCAGCUCUCCUCGGCACGGCGAAGAAGGAAAGGCAAUCCUCGCCACUAAGCAAGCGGUACCAGAGGUCCAGCCUGCUUCAUCAAUCUCUCUAGUGAUGCAGCUGCAGGCAUCUGGAGGUUAUGAUAUUUAUGGAUAUGAAGUGACACACUUAGCACCACGAGGCUGGCUGAAACUCCAUCUCUUUGACCAUCACAAUCGUUUGAUUACUGGGAGAUGGAAAAUACCCGUUCGUCUGCUUCCAGCCAAACCCUCAAUGACAAUGGCAGAAGUCAAUGCUGUUCCCCAGUUGGACAAUGCUGAACUUUACCUGAGAAUCGUUAGCGCAAGACAAGCUGAGAUUCAAAGCUCUGUUCCAAUUAGCAUCAACAAUGCUGGGAUCUACCAAUACCCCCCUGUGCAAACUCCUAGACCCCCGGUGGACAUGCAAGAGUCUCAUGAAGCCGUCCGAUCUCCAGAUGUUCAGAGUGAACUGGUCCAUGCGUCAACCUUCAAUCAGCGCCUUGUAAACACUGCUUCAUAACCUGAAAUGACUUCAGAUGAACUUUUGUCAGUUGAAAAACUAUUCUAAUGCGAAAAGUGCAACACUGUGUCUGUCACUGAUUAAUAAUAUAAGGCAAAACUCAUGUGUUUUAAAACAUGGUUGUAAUGAAAUAAAGUAUAUAAAUAUAAAAUAGUGAAAAUCAAAUAAAAAUGAAUGGAGAGAUUCCAUUCCAUUCCAUCCUGUGGCGACCCCUGAAGGGAAAAGCCGAAUGAAGAAGAAGAAGUGAAAAUAAAAUUACUGUUAUUCUGUUAUUGUAUUCACCAAAAUAUCUCACUGAGAUAUUAAAAUACUUAUACACUAUAUUGCCAAAAGUUAACUCCAAAUUACUGACUACAGGUGUUGUUUUUCAGGGGUUAAGCUUGGUUCCUUAGUUCCAGUGAAAGGAACUCUUAAUGCUUCUGCAUAUCAAGACAUUUUGGACAAUUUCAUGCUCCCAACUUUGUUGGAACAGUUUGGGGAUGACCCCUUCCUGUUCCAACAUGACAGUGCACAAAUCAAGGUUCAUAAAGACAUGGAUGAGUGAGUUUGGUGUGGAGGAACUUCACAGUCCUGACCUCAACCUGAUAGAACACCUUUGGGAUGAAUUAGAGCAGAGACUGUGAGCCAGACCUUCUCGUCCAACAUCACAAAUGCACUUCUAGUGGAAUGGUCAAAAAUUCCCAUAAACACACUCCUAAACCUUGUAGAAAGCCUUCCUAGAAGAGUUGAAGCUGAAAAGGGCAGGCCAACUCCAUAUUACAGUUUUGACCUGGCUCAUAAUCUCUGCUGGAUCCCUGAAAAACAACACCUGAAUUCAGUGAAUUGGAGGGGUGUCAACUUUUGGCAAAAUAGUGUAUCUCUAUCUGUCUUCUGACCCAUCGGCUUCUUCCUAAGUGAUUAUUUGUCAGCCGAUAAAUAAGACACUUUAAUUUAAACACCAGUCUAAUAAAUGCAGCGUAAUGCAAAUAUGAAAAUCAUUAUAACGCAUGGCAUUUA